CCACAUGUUACAGUCUCAGUAAGCAGAAGUCUUGUCGGUGAUUUAAAAGGCGAGGUUUAUCUGUCGCUGACCUGUAAGCGCAAUUCAACCAUCGACUGACGUGGGCAGGAGAUCUUAGGCAGGAUGAGGACGUUAUCAGCAUUUCUGCUCGGGACUGUGUUGGUCAGCAUAGGUGACUGUAUCAUUGGCCUUUUCGUUGUUGGACAUUAAUAAUUUGAAACAGAAAAUACAGGAUGCUACACUUCUCAAUUCAGAAAUUGUUCAAAAUUUAAAAAAAUAUCUUUAAAACACAAAACAUGUAUAAAACACGCUAUACAAAGAUAGUUCCAUACCACCAUAACGUUUAGAGAAUGUAAUCUCUAAUUUUAAUGUAUGGCUCGUUGAUAAACAGUACACACCAAAGGACACAAAUACUUUCUUCCCAUACACAUUUUAAAAUAAGUUUGAUUCUUUAAUGCAUAUUUAAAUUUACAUUCUUCUUUUCAAUGUAAUGGAUAUUUCUAAUACAAUGUAUAUCAAUUUGAUCACAAAAUAAUUUAUCUGAUGAGCAAUAAUAACAGUUUUCGAGUUUGCUCAUUUUAUUAGUUUAGUUUAAGCUAUAAAUAUUGUAAAAUUCUUUGACAUUUUACGUAAUGAGGCUCAUAUUUUCCAUAGAAACACAUUUAAAAAAAAAAUAUUUUAAAUAAUUAAAAUUUAGUGAUUAUAAUUAAAGUUUUUUUUUUCCUUUUUCUAUUUCCUACUAAAAAUAGUAAGCAUUGCCAAAUCUCAAGCAGUUCCUUUGGAUCUAUCCAAAACCUCUUAACUCUGAACGUCUUGUAUUUUGUUGGGCAGUCCUUGAGAUCAUACUCUUUACUGUAACCUAUGUGUAUUUUAGCCACUUCCCAGACAUUGGACAACUGCCCGGCCGGCCUGCCAAGAGACAGGUUCCUCCAAGUCCAUGGAGACUUCUGCUUCCAGUUCGUUCUCAACCGCCUCCGAACCCACACCUUGGCAAAAGCGGACUGCGAGAGUCAUGGGGGCACCCUGGCCUUGGUCAAAACCCCGGACAUCCAGGCGUACCUCUACAAAGAGCUCGUCAUUACCUACAACCUUCACCUUUCUAAGAUCUGGAUCGGUCUCAACGACAUCGACAAUGAAAAUAUCUACAAGUGGGAGGAUGGUACUCCGCUGAACUUCACAGCCUGGGAUAGCGGCGAGGGUCCGAACUCGGGGUCAUUUUAUCACGCGACGCACCACAACGAGAAUGAUUGCGUGGUCAUCGACCUGGAGUACGACUCCAAGUGGGCGGAGUUUCCCUGCGACGAGUCGUCGUCCUUCUUGUUCUUUACCGACAGGGAGGAGCACUACUACAUCUGCCAGUACAAAUUUUCAGCCAGUGUUGCCACUUCAACCACGCAAUCGUCGCAGACGACCGCGGCACCAGAGACAGCGCCACCGGCUGCAACAACAGCCGCUGCUUAAAUUCGUCCUUGAUUAACUUAUUGAACUGUGGUGCCUCGACUGCAUUUUUGGAUGCAAAAUGUUCAAUCAGCUGAACACCGAUAGAGUUUAAUGUUAUUUAUAAAGUUUAAGCCAUGAAGUAAGCGGUGUCUAUUUCAAAAUUAAGAAGAUAACUUUUGAAAAAAUAAAAAAUUACCUAUUUUACACACAUUUGUUUUAUUUUUUAUUA